UGUUAUGUAACAGGUGGGACCGCGGGAACCAGGAAGUGUUAAUUGUUGGCAGUAUAAAUAUCGGCACCAUAAGGGUGCAAGAGAACCAGGUAGUCGAUGUGCAGCUGUGUUUUGGUGUUCCUGUGUUCCCGUGGUUCCCCCUGUGACGAGGGCGAGUCGGCGGAUAUACUUUUGGACGUCAGUAUUCCGGACUCUCCCGAGCCAAAACUUCAGCGUACAGCCAGACAGCAUCCCAUCACGUUCGCGUGCGCACAAGCUAUAGUUAUUACUGGCUUCCUCUCCUCGUCAAGCGUAAUCAGUUGUCACGGGACAGGAACCAAAAUGGAAAUAACACCUGGAAAGCAGCUUACCCUGGAGAUGUUGAAGGAAGCCAGAGACACCGUGAUGAAUAGCCCUCUAGGAGUUGUUAACACUCCACUAAUACCUUUGAGUCAAACAGCAUUACCACUGGAUGUCACCUACAACCUCUAUAUAAAGAUGGAAAACAUGCAAAGGACAGGUUCCUUUAAGAUUAGGGGGGUAGCUAAUCAAUUUGCUAGAAGACCAAAAGGAGGACAUUUUGUUACAAUGUCAGCAGGAAACUAUGGGAAGUCAUUUGCUUAUGCCUCAAAACACUAUGGUUCAAGAGGAAAAGUACUGAUGCCAGAAACAGCCCCUGCCACAAGGUCUUCUGUAAUCACUAGCUUUGGAGUUGAGGUGGAACGCAUGCCAACUACAUUGUUAUUGUCUGCUGUUGAGCGUUGCGUGCAGGAGGAUAAUAUGACUUUCCUGCAUUCCUACGAUGACAUAGAUCUAAUUGCUGGGCAUGGGAGUCUUGGUCUGGAAAUCCUUGAGGUCAUCCCUAACCCAGAUGUUGUAGUCCUGUGCUGUGGAGGUGGAGGGCUAUUGGCUGGUGUAGCUGCUGCCAUUAAACUUUCAAACUGUAACAGCACUAUGAUAUAUGGAGUUGAACCAGAAGGAGCCUGCACCAUGUACACAAGCUUUAUUGAGAAGAAUCCAGUAUCUAUGGAUGCAAAAAGUAUUGCAGCAGGACUGGCUCCUCCUUUUGCAGGUGCCAUCACAUUUCAGAUUUGCCAACAGUAUGUAGAAGAAAUUGUACUUGUCAAAGAUGAUGAAAUUAAAGCUGCAGUCUCCACACUGUACAGGGCUGGCAUUGUUGUGGAACCAUCAGGAGCAGCAGCCUUUGCAGCUAUUUCUGGAAACAAGAUACCAGACCUCAAAGGGAAAAAUGUAGUUGUUGUUUUAAGUGGGGGCAACAUUGGUAAAGAUGAAUUAAGCAAUUUUCCUGAUUAAACAAAACAUCUGUGGAGAAUAUAGUUUUCAGAUGUAACAAACCAGUAUGCUGUGUUAAACCUUAUGCAGACCUACAGUAGCACAACCAUGAAUAUAUGAAAAUAAAAUAAAUAAACUCAA